GGGCGUGGGAGUCCUUGCAAGCAUGUUCCUUUUGGGAUUAUCCCUGAAUUUUCACCUGGCGUUGCCUCGGGGAGGUUGAGCACUUUCCUUCAGUGUAUUUUAGCCCAUGGGGCGGGGGAAUGCAGGUGUAAAGGUCAGUGGUGCAAGAGCCGUGGCGAGCUGCCUGGACUUCAGCCUUCCCUCCCAACCCACGGCGAGAGCAGCCCGAGGGAAUCGGGCCGAGGGCUGAGCAGCGAAGGCACAGCGCUGUCCUGCAAGGUUUGCUCCUCGCUUCUCCUGGCUGCUGUCACACCAGCCUGUCCCCUGCCAGCAUGGUCCGGCGCGUGGCCGUGAUCGGGGCCGGGGCCGGGGGCCUGGCCUCUGUCAAGUGCUGCCUGGACGAGGGGCUGGAGCCCACCUGCUUCGAGAGCAGCCAGGACAUCGGCGGCGUCUGGCGCUACACGGACUCCACAGACAGCGGGAGAGUCAGUGUGUACCGCUCGGUCAUCACCAACACCUCCAAGGAAAUGUCCUGCUUCAGCGACUUCCCCUUCCCCGAGGAUUUUCCCAGCUACCUGCCCCACGGCCUCGUCCUGGAAUACCUCAGGAUGUACGCCCGGCACUUUGACCUGCUGCGGCACGUGCGCUUCCAGACAACCGUUCUCAGCGUGAGGAAGCGCCCAGAUUUCUCCUCCUCAGGCCAGUGGGAGGUGGUCAUCGAGACUGGAGGAGUCUGUGAGUCGCACAUCUUCGACGCUGUCAUGGUUUGCACCGGCCAUUACCAGGAGCCCUACUUGCCCUUGGCUGCUUUCCCAGGCAUUGAAAGUCGCUUCAAAGGCCAGCAGCUGCACAGCCGGGAGUACAGGGACGUGCAGGCCUUCCGAGGAAAGCGGGUCCUGGUGGUCGGCAUCGGCAACACCGGCGGGGACCUCUCGGUGGAGCUGAGCCGUGUGGCUGCCAAGGUGUUCCUCAGCACCAGGAGCAACACGUGGGUCAUCAGCCGGGUCUCAGACCACGGCUUCCCCUUUGACAUGGUCAGCACCACCCGCUUCAAACACCUCCUGGAGUGGCUUCUCCCAGCAGCCCUCUCGAGGAGGAUCAGGUUUUGGAAGUUCAAUUCAUGGUUCAACCACACAAACUAUGGCUUGGCUUCCAGCAAAAGCUCCAAAUUUAAGAUGAUUAUCAACGAGGAGCUGCCAUUCUGCCUCCUCUCUGGGACUGUGGUGCUGAAGCCGAACGUGAAGGAGUUCACGGAAAGCUCUGCUGUUUUCGAGGAUGGGACAACUGAAGAAAAUAUCGACGUGGUGCUCUUUGCCACGGGCUACAACUUUUCAUUCCCCUUCCUCGAGGAGUCUGUUCGCAGCACCAUCGACGACAACCGUUCCCUCUACGAGUGCGUCUUCCCUCCCCAUCUGGAGAAGCCCACGCUGGCCAUCAUCGGCUUGAUCCAGCUGACGGGCUCCAUUAUGGUGGGAUCGGAAAUGCAGGCUCGCUGGGUGACAGGGGUCUUUGCAGGCUGGAACAAGCUGCCUCCCCCCAGCAGGAUGAUGGCCGAGGUUUUGAAGAGGAAGCCACCAGUGAAAAGGAACCCAUAUGAGAGGGAGAACCUGAAGAUGAGUUUUAUCAGCUACAUGGACAGGAUCGCCGCGCGUGCUGGUGUAAAGCCCAGCGUGCUGAGGCUGCUCCUGGCCGACCCCCAGCUGGCCCUGGUCGUGUUUUUUGGGCCCUGCUCGCCGUACCAGUUCCGGCUGGCAGGGCGGGGCAGGUGGAGCGGGGCCAGGGCUGCCAUCCUCACGCAGUGGCAGCGCACGCUGAGGCCCCUGAGGACGCGGGUGGUGGGGGACAGCUCCAGCAGCUCCUCCGGCUGGAUGUGCUGGGUGUGCCUCCUGGCUCUGCCAGCAGCUCUCACGGCAGGGUUUCUCUUCUCCAAAUACCCUCAGCCGGGCUGGAGCCCCUGGGCACGUCUCCAGCUGUAGGGGAAACCUGGAGAGCCGCACUGCCAGGUGAUCUGGGACGUACAAAGCUGUGCCACCUGUGCCAGGGGCUGCCAGGGGGAUGGGGCUGGCACCAGCAGGAGCCGGCACCCUGGGGCUCUCUGCUAUCCAUCCAAACUUUUGCUGAUGUUUCACCAAUGGUGACACGGAGUGUUCAUCCUGAACCAUUCUGGGAUGAACUGCUGAGCGUGAGGACAGCCUUCCUCCGCCCUGCUACCCAAAACUUUGGCAAGACCCACCUUGAGAUUUUGUGAAACACGAACUGUCAAGAGCUAGUUUGGUGUCUGGUAACUUUGGGGACAUGAAGGAGGGAGCCACAAAUAAACCUCACAGACCUGGUCUUCACUGAGGGUUUAACAAUGGUUUGCUGUCUGGGUGUGUGAAGUGGAUCCCGAGCUGUGGCAGAGGAGAGAGUCUUGCCCUUGGAUAUAUAUAAUCUAUACAUUAUAUAGAUAGAAAUAUCCACAAG